AUGGUUGAAGCUAUCCUACCUAAUGGUAAUAGAAGAACAGUGGGGACUUCCUUCUUAGCCAAGGUGGGGUUUACCAUGAGAGAACUCGAAAAAUUAUUUAUUGAGAAAAUAGAGACAUUUGAGGAACAAUCAGGGACAGGGGAGGCAAGUGGUUAUACAGAAUCUUCACUACUGAGAGUAUAUAAUAUCUCUACAGCCCCACAACCUGAAUCUAUUCCUUUUUCUAGUGCUUCUGAAAAUCUUGAAUGGGCUAAACAAACUAAACAAGGGCAAAAAGCUACUAAAAGAGCAAUUAAGACUUCUCCCGUAUUA